UUAUCGUAUGUAGAAACGGUAAUAUAUAAAUGAAAAUUUAACUAAUAAAGAAAAAAAUUGAAAAAAAAUAAAAAACAAAAGAAUGCAUUCUAUCUAUCAACUAAGGAAAGGAUCUAAGAUCUAACAAGAGGACACGCUACUGAAAUAGAUCGACAGAUCUCAAAAUUUCUACUUUAUUCUAAUCAAUUGUAAUGUCUAGCAGAGAAAAUACGCGUCGGCAGUCUAUUCGAGAAUAUAUGGCGGAAAAAUUAAUUAGUAAUUAAAAGAGCUAUAGCAAAUAAAAUACUGUAGAUAAAGCGUUGUAUAUAUUCAAUACGUAACCAGAGACAUCUACUCCAUUUCUGAAGCAAUUAAUCGCUACUUAUAGCCUUCAUACAUAACACCGAACAAGUGAUAUCAAAUAGUAGCGAUUGGUUCAUCGGCGAUAGUAGUACGUCAUCGAAUCCUGAUACCGAAGUGGAAAUCACUAACAUGGAUCGAAAGAGAACGUCUUAUGGGAAAUCAUGCCAAGUUCAACAGCGUGGAAUUUGCACGACUCUCGUGUUUCUCGUUUUAAUUAUCGGUACGAUACUUUUUGCAUAUACAGCGUUUGCAUCAUCCCUCAAGGACGAUACUAUUCAACAGGUGAUAUUUGUUUUCCGACAUGGCGAUAGAACUCCAUUAAAGACAUAUCCUUCGGAUCCAUAUAAAAAUUACUCAUGGCCUGGUGGUUGGGGUGCUCUUACAACGAAAGGAAUGCGUCAACUUUAUAAUAUUGGAAAACGGAUUCGUAAAAUGUAUAGUACUACAGUCGGUUUGAAUUACAAUAGUACGAUUUCAUUUAUACGCAGCAGUGAUUCCGAUCGUUGUAUCAUGUCUGCACAAGCAUUACUCGCUGGAUUGUAUCCACCAACACCUGAUCAAAUAUUUGCACCUAAUUUAAAAUGGCAUCCAAUUCCAGUUCAUACAACACCUAGAAGUAUGGAUAAGGUAAUAGUGGUUAAGGCUCCUUGUCCAAAAUUAAAGCAAGAAUUAGCGAAUGCUUAUGUUAACGAAUCGAUAAAAUCUGAUGUGGAAUUGGAAAAUUAUUACAAAGAAUUAACAAUCCAUACUCAGCAGCCAAUGAAAACUAUUACAGAUAUAGAGUUUUUGUAUAAUAUACUUGACAUCCAAGUUAAAAACGGCUUAGAACUUCCAAAUUGGACGAAAAAAUUUUAUAACGACGAAAUGAGAAACAUCGCAGCUCGUGCCUUGACUUUACUCACAAGCAACACUUUGCUACGACGUUUGCAUGGAGGACCCUUACUGAAAGAAAUUGUAAACCAUAUGCAAGAAUCGCAAAUUAAGAAAGAUUCGAAAAAAGCAUACUUCUAUUCUGUUCAUGAUGUAACUUUGGUAAAUCUUUUAAGAACUAUGGGAUUCACGAAUGAAUUAUUUUUUCCAGACUAUGGGGCUACGAUUAUUUUUGAACUUCAUUCGUAUUCUGAAAAGGAGCGAGCAGUGAAGGUGUUUUAUUUGAAUAGUACGGAAUCAAUCAAGCCGCAUUUCUUAAAUAUACCUAAUUGUGAGCAACCCUGUUUGUUGUCAAAUUUAUUGAACGUAUGGAAAGACGUAAUACCUAUUAAUUGGGAUAAUGAAUGUAUUAAUAUAUUGUGAAUCGUCAAUAUGUUUAGUUGGCUCAGUCGAGAUGAAAAUGGCAAACAAGAUCUCUUUGAGAAUGUUACCGAAGGUCUUAAAAAAAUCUACAAAGCUAAAUUGUUACCCUUGGAACAACAUUAUCAGUUUCAUGACUUUCAUUCGCCUCAAUUGGAUGAUCCAGAUUUCGAUGCAAAACCUAUGAUCCUUUUAGUAGGACAAUAUUCCACUGGAAAAACUACGUUUAUUAAGUAUUUGUUAGAACGUGACUUUCCUGGAAUAAGAAUUGGUCCUGAACCUACAACAGAUCGCUUUAUUGCUGUUAUGUAUGAUGAAAAGGAAGGUGUUAUUCCUGGAAAUGCUUUAGUUGUUGAUCCACAUAAACAAUUUCGACCACUUUCCAAAUUCGGUAAUGCAUUCCUUAAUAGAUUUCAAUGUUCUACUGUUGCAUCUCCGGUUCUCAAAGGAAUAUCUAUAGUUGAUACACCUGGAAUUCUUUCAGGGGAGAAACAACGAGUAGACAGAGGUUAUGAUUUCACUGGUGUCUUAGAAUGGUUUGCAGAAAGAGUAGACAGAAUUAUACUAUUAUUUGAUGCACAUAAACUCGAUAUCUCUGAUGAAUUUAGAAGAUCUAUAGAAGCGCUAAGAGGGCAUGAUGAUAAAAUUAGAAUAGUUCUUAAUAAAGCAGAUAUGAUAGAUCAUCAACAAUUAAUGAGAGUAUAUGGCGCACUUAUGUGGUCUUUAGGAAAAGUAUUGCAAACUCCGGAAGUUGCUAGAGUUUAUAUUGGUUCAUUUUGGGAUCAACCGCUAAGAUACGAUGUUAAUAGACGAUUAUUUGAAGAUGAAGAGCAAGAUUUAUUUAGAGAUAUGCAAUCAUUACCAAGAAAUGCAGCAUUAAGAAAACUUAAUGAUUUAAUAAAACGAGCUCGUUUAGCAAAGGUGCAUGCAUACAUAAUCAGUGCAUUGAGAAAGGAUAUGCCAAGUAUGUUUGGUAAAGAUUCAAAAAAAAAGGAACUUAUCAAAAAUUUAGGUCAAAUUUAUGAUCAAAUCCAAAGAGAACAACAUAUUUCCCCUGGAGAUUUCCCAGAUCUUCGAAAAAUGCAGGAGUGUUUAAUGCAUCAUGACUUUAGUAAAUUUAACCCAAUAAAAAUUAAAUUAUUGGAAGUAGUAGAUAAAAUGCUUGCAGAAGACAUUGCAAAAUUAAUGGCUAUGAUACCACAUGAAGAAAUAACUGCUAUGUCAGAACCAUUAAUUAAAGGUGGUGCAUUUGAAGGUGUCGAAGAUCAAAUUAGUCCAUUUGGAUACAAAAGAGGUGAAGGUAUCGAUGCUGGUGCAGGUGAACCUGAGUGGAUUGUUAAUAAAGAUAGAUAUAAAUAUGAUGGUAUUUUUGAAACACUUGGUCCAACUGAUGGAAAGAUUACAGGAGCAGCUGCAAAAUCUGAAAUGAUAAAAUCCAAAUUGCCAAACAGUAUGUUAGGAAAAAUCUGGAAAUUAUCUGAUAUUGAUAAAGAUGGGCUUUUAGACUCGGAUGAAUUUGCAUUGGCUAUGCAUUUAAUUAAUGUUAAACUUGAAGGUUAUGAUCUUCCAGCAGAACUUCCUGAUCAUUUAAUACCACCUUCGAAACGAGAUAUUUAAGUUAUGAUCAAACUAUACACAGCACUUUACUGAUUAUUGUGCUUGCUUCUCAAUGAUUAUAAAGAAUAUUUAUAUAAUUGUAAAAAAAAGAUGUGCGAUAUAGAGCUUAAUUGUAAAUGGUAAAUAUUUGGCAUAAUACCUAUUAAUUGAGAUUUUCAGUAUGGACUGAAGGUAAAUAGAAAUAAUAAAUUAUUUUUAUAAAAAUAUAAAUAUAAAAAGAAUAUUGUUUAAAUGAUUUCUCAGAUUAAGAAAAUCUCAUAACAUAAUUAUAAUGAAAGUAAAAUGUAUAUAUAUUAUAUAAAGAAACUGACAAGCCAUGUUCAAUUAUAUCUAAUUUUUAUAAAUGAUAGUGCAAUCCAUAAAUUUUGAUACAUCAUUAAUAAUAUAACAAUAUUGUGACAUUAUUUAAAAGCACAUAAAUUGAUAAACGCUCUAUUAAUAGCCUUAUAAUCAUAUAGGUAUAUUGAGAUGCAUAAUAAUUUAAAGUGUUAUAAAUGGCAAAUGAUUUAGAAAUAUCAGUAGCAGCAUUAUCACAUUAUGUGAAAUGUGCUACCUUAUUUGUAUAUUUUUAUGUAUUGUUAUAUUAUAUGUAAAAUUAUAUUUAUUAUACAUAAACACGCACAUGUGCUUAUAAAAACAACACAAAAUAAAAUUUCUACACUAUUGUUACUAAUAUUUUGAAAAUUUUUAUAUUACUGUAUUAGCAGCACAGAAUAUUUUUAAAAUUUAUUGUCAAUUAUGCUAUAAUUUCUUGAAGGCAUUCAUGUAAUAAGAAUAUGCAUACGUUCUCAAAAUUUUUUAUUUAUAAAAAAAAUAAGAUAUCCUUUUCUUUAACCAAACGAUAGAAAAUAUUUUUAAAAAUUUAGGAAUUUGUAGAAAUCUAUUACAAAUUCAUUAGUAAUAUGUAUAAUACUAUUCAAGUUUUAAAUACUUUUAAAUUUAUAUAUUUUAAAAACAUAAUAUAUUUUAAAAAUAUUUUGUGCAAAUAUAAAAAAGGUAGUAAUCAAAAGAAAUGAAAUAUAAUAUACAGUAAAGUCUUGUUUAUCCAUGCAUCCGUGUAAAAAGCAAUUUUGCGCACUUUUAACUUCAUUUUAUUUAAAAAACUUUCUCUGAUAAUAUUUAAUUUAAUUAAUUUAUUGUACUACAAAUAAAUUUAAUUAAUUUAUUGUAUUACAAAUAAAUUUAAUUAAUUUAUUGUAUUACAAAUAAAGUUAAUUUGUAAGAGCAAGAAUACACAUAAUAUUUCUUUAAUAUUUGUUAUAUAUAAAUAAAUAAAUUACAUUUAUCUGGAUAAUCAAGAGCAUACUGUAAUAAAAAAAAAAACAAACU